AUGGGUGGCCAUCACGAACAUGAAAUCAAAAUACCGGAUUACAGAAUAUAUAAAGUUGAUAACGUACCGGAACUUGUGAAGGUGAAGAAUAUUUUAGCUACCGAAGGACUUAAAGAUCCGUGGUUGAGGAAUGAAGUUUGGAGAUAUCCUCCAAGGCAUGGUAGUCGUUAUGCACAAUAUUUCAAAUGUUGGUUCCGUGGUACACGUGGGCUUACAAUUGCCUUUGGAUUAGCAGCUUCUAUUAUUGCUGUGGAAAAAACCUAUGAACAUUUUUAUCCACCAGUUCAUCAUCACAGAAAGCCUUACUUUCCAUCAUCCAGUGUUUAA